AUGAGCGACCAGGAGUCUCAAAACAUCUUCAAUGGGUGCCAUGCACUGGGCGAGUGGAAGACUCCGUACGAUUAUGUCCCUUGGAAGGCUGCGGGCGUUGUUUUCGUUCUUUUAUUUGGUCUUUCGGGGGUUGUCCAUAUGGUCCAAUUUUGCUGGAAGCGGACAUGGUGGUGCUCUGUGUUUACUAUUGGAUGUUUGGGGGAAUUCAUCGGCUGGGCGGCUCGACUAAUGUCGGCACAUUGCCCUUACAAUUCGACGGCAUACCUGAUUCAGAUCUCCACCCUCAUCAUUUCCCCCGUCUUUUUCACCGCAGGCCUUUAUAUCCUCCUGGGUCGUUUGAUUAUGGUGGUUGGGAGAGACAGUUCCUACCUCUCGCCCAAGGCGUAUCUCUGGAUCUUCUGCGUCGCGGACCUGAUCUCUCUGCUGAUGCAGGCCGCCGGGGGUGGGCUGGCCUCCAUUGAGUCCAGCGCACACAAAUCCACGGCGCUCGGUUCCAAUCUGAUGCUAGCUGGUAUUAUAUUCCAGACGUUUUCCAUCACCAUAUUCGUCAUCUGCGCUGUCGACUUUGUUCGCCGGACCUCGCGCUCCCACCUCAUCGACCCGUACCGGAAGUCACUGACUCCUAUGUUAUACGCUAUGUUCUUCUCGUUGACUUGUGUCUACAUCCGGAGUAUCUAUCGUGUUGUUGAGCUGGCCCAGGGUUGGGCUGGUUUCCUGAUCACCCACCAGAUCUACUUUGUGAUUCUUGAUGGGGCGAUGAUGGUGCUGGCUGUGGGAGUUUUUAACUUCGUCCAUCCUGGACGGCUGCUCUCCUCCAAGAGCGAGUUCGACAUACCCAAGGAGGUAUCAAAUGUGUCACUGAAUACGCCCUCCAACGGAUCUUAUGCCACUAACCCGGUGUACCCACCGACUUUGAAUCCUGCCCAUCAGAACCCCAAGUACCAGCUGACCCCGACUCGGUACAUUUGA